GAUCGAGGAGGUUCUGGAGGAAGAUAACGGGUCCCGGUCAGCUCAACACCAACACACCGCUCUGCCUCCUCAUCUAAUGGGCUGCUUAUGUCGUCUUCAGUCCGUGUAACAACAACCAGAACCAGCAGCAGCGUUCAUCAUCCUCCUCCAGGGCCCAAACAGAACCGAACCGAACCGGAGCAGAGCAGCCGUUAACGGGAGAGCUCAGUCCUAGCUAGCUGAUGAUGAUGAUGAUGAAGCAUCAGAGUGAUUAUCCCGGUGUCUCCGGCUGAGAUGGAUCCAGCAGCGACCAAACAGUGGAGCUGCUUGCUAGCCAGCUAGCUAGCGAGCUAACGGAGCUAACGGAACCGUUAACGGGAGUCAACCGUCCACCGUCCACCGGAUAGCGCGAGCUAGCUAGAUGGGUGCUCCCGCGGUGUUACCGUUUAGGGAUUGUUGUUGUAACGUUACCGGGAGAUUAUUAUGAGAGACGUCAACUAGCAUCAAGAUGCUAACUUAGAACCGUUUAUUAACCGGGUUAGCUGCUGCUGCUGCACGUGACACCGUUUAUCUAUCCGCUCGAGCUCCGACGGUUAGCGGUUAACGGUUAACGGUUAACGGUUAGCGGUUAGCUUCACCUCUCUCUGGCCGUCCUCUGGAUGCUUCAGCGACAUUAACUGGACGGUGUGUAUCAGGAUGGCACAGCUCUUGGACGGGGCCGGCAAACUGGGCUGGGUUCUGCUCAAAGCUGUGAUCCGUUUUGUGUUCAUGUUCUUCAACAACUGUGUAGCCAUCCCGUCCUACUGCUUGUACCUGGUGCUCCUGCAGCCGCUGAGAAUAUGGGACAGCUCCACUUUCUGGCACAUCGAAGGGGUCAUGUUCAAAUGGUUGCUGGCCAUGGUGUCUUCGUGGGGCUGUAUGGCAGGUUAUACAGUAACGGAGUGGGGUGACGACGUACGGCCCAUCUCUGAAGAAGAAGCCAUGGUCAUCGUCAACCACCAAUCCACAGGAGAUGUGUGCACCCUCAUGAUGUGCCUGCAAGAUAAAGGCAUGGUGGUACAAAAAAUGAUGUGGUUGAUGGACCAUGUGUUCAAAUACACCAACUUUGGCCUAGUGUCCCUCAUCCACGGGGACUUCUUCAUCAGACAGGGUAAAGCUUACCGAGACAAGCAGCUGAUCUACCUGAAAGAUCACCUAGAGAAAUACUACCACAGCCGCGACAGGAAGUGGAUAGUGCUGUUCCCGGAGGGCGGCUUCCUGCGCAAGCGGCGGGAAACCAGCCAGUUGUUUGCCAAGAAGCAUUCUCUCCCCCACCUGAACCACGUCACGUUGCCCCGUCUGGGGGCCACCCACGUAAUCCUGAAAACCCUGUCGGCCCAGCAGGAGAACGGCAGCGUGGGCAACGAAACCGGGACCCCGAACCAGACAGGUAAUAAACGUAAAGGCCUGCAGUGGGUAGUAGACGUGACCAUAGCGUACCCCAAAGCAAGACCCAUGGACAUCCAGACCUGGAUCUUUGGCUACAGACCUCCAACAGUCACACAUGUACACUACAGGAUGUACCCAAUAAAAGAGGUUCCUGUGGAGGCCGAGGCUCUGACUGACUGGCUGUAUCAGAGGUUUGUGGAGAAAGAAGAGAUGCUGACCCACUUCUACGACACAGGAUCAUUCCCCUCUCCAGAAGGACAGAAGGAGGCGGUGUCCAAGCGGAUGGUCCUCGACCCCGUGUGGCUGUGCAUCAUCCAGUCGUUUGCGUUCGCCUCCGGCUACAUGUGGUACAGCGUCCUCCGGUACCUCUACUGCUGUUUAUUUUGAGUGCGCUGAUGAGGCGAGAGUCUUUAUCGGACCACUGGAAAAGCCUCAGGAUCAGUUGGUGUGUGGCCCAGCGUCAUACUCGCCCCCCUCCUCCCCCCCAACCCUCUACGAUGGAUGAAUGUACAUUUACAACGGCGGAGAGACUUGAUAGGAAACAAAAAAAACAUAUGAAGAACACACAGAAUACAAUAAGAAACUGGUCACAGUCGCAUAGUUAACUUGCACACAACCCUAACGCCACACACUUCGCUCCUACGGCCUAAGCAGAAUAAUCUCUCGCACUCGUCACGACUCACAUUUUUGAUGUUUACACGUCCUCAUACACGUAGACGCUCACAUAACUUUUUAUUGAACGAAAAACGAGGCUCAGGACUCCUCCAGAGGACGCUCUGGACCGGACUCUCUCUCUUCCCCCCCUCCUAGGCUUUAGCCGUAGUAGUUUUACAGAGUAUAACGUGUGUCUGGACGCGCGUACGUGUGUGUGGGUGUGCGAGUGAAUACAUGUGACUAGAAGCAUAAUGUCUGCCCUUAUUCUUCUUCCUGGCGAGAGUUGAUGAAGCCCACUGGACCUCUCUUUCAGCCCGCCGACUAGCCGGCUGGCCACACCUUCCAGAGCGAGCGGCUGUAUGAACGUUGAGGCGGCGCCGCCCCGCUGCUCCUCUGGCCUUCAUUGCACUAAGGAUCCAUACUGCCCUAACCGCUCCCUGUCCCAGGAGAUAUUCCUGCGUGGUAGCCGUCAAUGUUUUUAAUUUCUUUUUGUUUUCUUCCUGCAUAUCUCCACAACAACGGCCAUUGUAUUUGUUGUUGAUGUCUCCUUCUUUUUUUUGUUGUUGUUUUUUCCCGCCUGUCUGUCGAGGCAGUAUUGUGAGCUCACUGAGAUCAUGUUUACACUGGCAGCCCUGCUGAGAGCCUAAAGGGAUAUGGCGGCUAUGACGCGGCGCUCGAUUUUUAAGGAUUUCUUUGUCGGGACGUUGAAGAAGAGGAAGUUUUAAAAAAAGGAAAAACGUGGUGGCACGCAGGGCGAGGAAUCGCAGUCCGAUCACCUAAAAAGUGGAUUCCACCCUCUGCUCUCCAACAUACAUACACAAACAUGCACACACAGCCAUGUGCAGCUACACAGCAGUCUCUCUCUCGGAGGAUCAUCUCAGCGAGCCAAGCUGAGACGGACUCUUAUUCCCCCAUUGGACUACAUAGUUUUACAAAUAUUUAAGCCAUAUGCUUAGUGUCGUCGGGUGGGAAAAAGACAGGGGAAAAAAACUAUGAUUUUUUUUUUAUAGAAAGCUACCCUAAUGUUCAGCAUCUAAAAUAGAGAUUUUGGCUUACAGAACUAUAGGUGUCAUUACUGUAAAUUUACAGCAUAACCUGCCUAAGUGAGUGUGUGUGGUUGUCUUUCUCCUCCUCCCCUCCUCCAUUUUUUUGAUAUAUAUGAUUCAUGUCGUGUUGCUCUGUGACGUCCAGAGUGUGGCGGCGACUUUUCACCAAACGAGUGGUCAAAUUUUGAUUUGUUUUUUAAAAAUUACACGAAAGUGUCGUCCUCAUGUCAUGGUAUGUUUAAAUCUUGUACAUAACAAAGCUGAGGAAGGAGAGUUGUUGGGAAAUGACGGCGACGUUUCUUUCUCUCUAUUUUGGUCCCGUGAUGAUUUCAGAGGAUUUUAAGUUUAUCAUGAAUGUUUUUUUAAAAAAAAAAAAAAAAAGAAGAAGAAGAAGAAAGCGAGGAUUUUCCCUUCACUUCUCAGUGUUAACCCUUUUUUUUUAUUAUUUCCUGACCAGGAAGUUGUUGUGUGCUUCAAGCUACUGUACGUCCGUGUGCCCAGUUUCAAACUUGUACAUUUUAAAAUCAGGAUUCAGCGGAAAAAACCUCGACUAUCAAGCCUUACCUGAUGUCCCGGUUGCGCCACAAUCCCAAAUAAUGCUGUUUUCCUCACAAUCCCUCUUGACAAACAUUUGUUAUAAAAGAUGGUUUCAACGGUGUCGAGCUAAAAAACUGGGCCAGCGAGGGAGGGAUCACUCUUCACAUAUACGAGGGAAACUCUGGCAGGGCCCUGCAAUGAUGCAGCUGUUCUCUCUCGAAUGUACUCGUGUCGUGGUCAAUUAUAUGUAAUUUGCUUAGCCUGCUUUAAUUAGGGAAAUUAUAGAGGAGCAGCAAUUAUCAUUGUCAUAAACUAAUGCCUAAAAAGGUGCAUUUUUAGUAGAUACUGCCCUCCCUGUGUGCCACUGUUGGUAGAAACUGUGUGUGAAAUGAAAAAAAAAGGGCUACCUGACUGGGUAGGUGUUAAAUCAGGCUGUAAAUGUGAUUCAUCCAGCGGCCCUGGAUUCAGAUUCCCCUCCACAUCGUGAGAGUGACUUGAAAAUGAAGCUUCAUCGUUCUUUUUUUUUUUGUUUUCACUUCUUUUUAUUUUAUUUUAUUUUAUUUUUUUAAUUUUAUGACCAUGUUUCCAAAGAAGGCAGGGAAAUAAUGUUUUCCUAGAUGUGGUUUUAGGAAAUAAACACAAUAGGGAUUUAAACAAAUUAUACUAGAGCUGUCUGUAAUUUUCCAUUUUGUACUUCUCCUUUAAUUCCUAGCUACACAGCCAUUUUACAACACAAAAAGACUUGUGCUGGAAUAAAACAUCAUAAAGAUCC